GCCAGGUACAGUUAACCUGGACACAUUUUCAUUGACUGGUCUGUAGCGCUCGGUAAAAGAAAUACCACCAUUCUCUUACACUCGCUCUUAUAUCGUCUAUAAAAUCACAGAGCCCGAGAGAGUGACAGAGAGAGAGAGGGAGUUUCGCUGCGACAAGUAUUUCGCUAUCAAGCGUUUUUUCGGGUUUUCGGCAGCGGAGGAGGCGAUAGAGACGGAGAACACAGAGAGAUCGAGAGAUGGCGACGGAUGUAGUGGUGCUCCAACAUGGUGAAGUAAGCAAUGGAAACGCAUGUUGCAAGAAGGGACCGGGUUACGCCACCCCGAUUGAGGCCAUGUCUGGACCAAAAGAAGCUCUCAUCUACGUCACCUGCAUCUACACUGGAACUGGUAUACAGAAGCCUGAUUAUCUGGCAACGGUGGACGUUGACCCAAACUCUCCUACAUAUUCAAAAGUUAUCCAUAGGCUGCCUAUGAAAUAUUUAGGUGAUGAACUUCAUCAUUCAGGGUGGAAUUCAUGCAGCUCCUGCCAUGGGGAUCCUUCUACAGAUCGGCGUUAUCUGGUCCUACCUUCACUGAUAUCUGGCCGCAUUUAUGUGAUUGAUACAAAAACAAAUCCAAAGGCACCUGCGCUGCAUAAGGUUGUAGAACCAGCAGAAAUUGUUCAGAAGACAGGAUUAGCUUAUCCACACACUUCCCAUUGCCUUGCUUCUGGUGAUAUACUGGUGUCUUGCCUUGGAGAUGAGGACGGAAAUGCUGAGGGAAAUGGAUUUCUUCUCCUUGACUCAGAAUUCAACAUCAAAGGAAGGUGGGAGAAGCCCGGACAUAGUCCUCUCUUUGGAUAUGAUUUCUGGUACCAACCACGACAUAAAACAAUGAUCAGCUCAUCAUGGGGAGCACCUGCGGCAUUUACAAAAGGUUUCAACCCUCAGCAUGUUUCAGAUGGUUUGUACGGGAGGCAUCUGUAUGUGUAUAGCUGGCCGGAUGGUGAAAAGAAACAAACAAUGGAUCUUGGAAGCACUGGCCUCAUACCCUUGGAGAUUAGGUUCUUGCAUGAUCCCUCUAAAGAUACAGGGUUUGUUGGGUGUGCCUUAACGAGUAACAUGGUGAGGUUUUUCCAAACGGAGGAUGGAUCAUGGAGCCACGAGGUGGCAAUUUCAGUCAAACCCUUGAAGGUGCAAAAUUGGAUCCUUCCCGAGAUGCCUGGGCUUAUAACUGACUUUCUGAUUUCUCUAGAUGACCGUUUUCUUUACUUUUCGAAUUGGCUUCAUGGAGAUGUUCGGCAAUAUAAUAUUGAGGAUCCAAAAAAUCCUGUAUUGACUGGCCAAGUAUGGGUUGGGGGAUUGAUUAAGAAGGGAAGCCCUGUUGUGGCUGUGGGUGAAGAUGGAAAGACAUGGCAGUGUGAGGUUCCCGAUGUUCAGGGACAUGAAUUGAGAGGGGGACCUCAGAUGAUCCAGUUGAGUUUAGAUGGGAAGCGGUUGUACGUCACCAACUCACUUUUCAGUGAAUGGGAUCGACAAUUUUAUCCUGGCCUCAUGGAAAAAGGAUCCCACAUGCUGCAGAUUGAUGUGCACACUGAGAAAGGUGGUCUCUCCAUAAACCCUAGCUUUUUUGUGGAUUUUGGAGCUGAACCUGACGGCCCUUCCCUAGCUCAUGAAAUGAGAUAUCCUGGUGGUGACUGCACUUCGGAUAUAUGGAUUUAAAGGUCACAUAUUUCAAUCUUUCAUGCCAGUGGAGAUGGGUUUGAGCUAUCAACUUUAGGACUGAAUAACUGACUGAUGUUCAUGAAAUUUAAAAAAAAAAAAAAAAAAAAACAAUAAAAAUUGCUUGGGCGGGAGAGGAAUAAUAUGAAAAGUUUUUCUGUAAUUAUGUUACUGUUAUGGCAGGAAGCUUUGAUGAUAAACUUGAUAAAGAUUAAUGUGAUAGCUCUUUUCCUUGUGGAA